GUUGUAAUGCCCCUAAGCUUUCCCUAGGGUUGCGCACUGGUGGUUUCCUACUGAGAGCAAUGCAACCGCUGUUGUACAGCAACCCUCCACCGGGAAGACCAUCUUCGUCUUUCAAGGCUGGAGCCAGCACUUCCAUAACCUCGCCGGGUGCCAAGACCUAUCCACCCUCUGGUGGCCACGUGGCGUCCACCAGCUCUCCACUGUGGGCCCAGACAAGUUCCGGCUACGUGACGGUGAAGCAAGGUCAAGCAAGUCACAGGAUCCAGACAGCGCAAGCAUCUGAAGACGCAGAUGCUGUACGGCGAGUGGAUGCAGCAUUCUCUCCAACGCUGAAGAACAGUGUGAAGAGGGCACACUGGUCGCAGAGGUCUGGUGCUCCAGACUUGCAAGAAAGAGUCGUCAGUGAGGUGAUCAGAACUCCUCGCAGGGUGCAGGGUGCAAGUGGAAGUGGAAGCUUCUCCACACCCCAUACCACAAGCAGUGUAGGAAGUGUACCGCAGCACAAGCAGCUCAAGCAAAUGGAUCAAGGCAGUGUCAGAGGAGCUGUUUCUCAGUCAACACCGUUGCAGGCAGUGGCAAGCCCAUGCCGUGCGCACAGGCCCAUUCCACCACCUGCCUCACCUCCUCAAGAGGAGGUAAGUGGCGCGUCUGAGGAAACUUCACCCCUGCAAGCAGAAGGAUUGCAGAAGACCUUGGUUUCGGCAGAGGAGAUGGACACUCAGCAAGUGAAAGUCUAUGUCCUAGAGACUAGAACAGGUGAGACAGCUGUUGCAGUCGAAAGAGCAGAUGGAAAGCGGUGGCGCUUUCUCCGGAACUCAAUUGAUUUUGAAUUGGAGUGCAGUGCCGAUGCACUUCAGCAGUGGCUUGACGGUUUGGUGUCGGAGCAACUGCCUGGGCUGCUCACCUUGCUUGCCAACGAGGUGAACACUCGAGGAGAAACAUUGAAAGCAAAGGAAAUGGAACGCAACUCCCUCAGAGGCUCUGAAGACUACGAGUUCUUUGGGCUCGAUGGACAAAAUUGCACUGACAAAGACAUCGAGAGGGCUUACCGAAAGAAGUCCACCAAGCUUCAUCCAGACAAGGGUGGAGACGAGGAAUCUUUCAAUCACAUGAGAGAGAAAUAUGAGCAGCUGAAGUCCUUGCGUGGAGAGAAGCAGAAGAAGGAGGGCGGAGGUUCAAUCAAAUGGGAUGCCAGAAGCAGAGAAUCGAUGCUUCACGCACAUGGAGAACUCAGAGAGCAGCUUGUUUGGAUUACUCGUCAUAUCAACGAGGUGGAAGAUGAGCUGAAAGAUCUGAGACAAAGACAAGCAACGAAGUACAGUCUUUCCUGGGAAGCAUAAACCACACAAGCAUAAGCAUAGCAUAAGCUAUGCUGUGAGCCUUCCUUGAAGAGGCCAUGUUCAAACCUAGCCGAAUCAAGGCACCAAUCUCUUUUUCCUGUAUUCCUGCCAAAAUUUGCACGGAAUCUGAUGGCUGAGAAAGCCGAGCAUGCGAGAAGAGCAGGUUUCAUCCGUCGCAGCUCAGAGUGACAUAUAGCCGGGUAUUGACCCGGAUCCUAAUGACAAUUAAAUGACUUCAGAACUUCUCAGUAGACACGCUCGCACAAUAUGCAUAAACGUCCUUAGUCAGCCUUUGCUUGACGGAGGACAAGCAAAGCGUGUCAGUGUUAGUGCACCUGAAUUUGAGUCUCCCGGCAAACUGCCACGGAUGAGUUCUGGGGUGAGGGCUGGAAGCAAAACUGGUCUUGCAGAUUUACUUGGUGUAGAAGCGAGGCUUUGCAACAUGUUUUAGAGUUUCUGUAGACGCAAGCUGCAAGCUGAUGCAAGCAACUCGGGCAGCUCCUCG